AUGAGAUGGAUCAUUAAAAACAAAGACGGGACUACACUGCUCCAAGGCUCUUCUCACCGACGCUAUGUCGCCUCAGCUAUGGUAGCUGAAGCACUGGCAUUGAAAGAAGCCAUCUCCGUUGCUACUAAUGCAGGUUUUACAGACUUACUAUGUCUUUCAGAUUGUAAAAGUCUCACGGAUCUCAUCACGGGAAACUCUUAUGUGACUGCUAUUCAAGGCAUCCUCCACGACAUUGGCGUGAUGAGUCGAUCCUUGAACUCUAUCUUCUUUUCCUUUAUCCCUCGUAUUAAGAACGAAGCUGCUGAUAGAUUAGCUAAAGCAGCCCUUGUUGUUGCUUCGCCUAUUUCAGUUAUGUUGUAA